ACUAAAGUCCUAAUUAAGCCUAAGAGAGAUGAAUGUACUUUAAUCCUACUGUUAAGAACAUUCUUUUUCUGCUAAUCGUUUUCCACAGCUCAGAUGAAAUGGCUGAGCUAUUGUUUCCAAAAGCGAUGCCCAUGGAAAUUUUCCAACUCCAAUCCAUAUAAAGGGGGUUUAGGGUUUAGCUGUGUAACCGUGUUUACCAAAUUUGCAGUCGCUUGCGCUUCUCAGUGAAAAUGGCGGGAAAAUUGGCGCCAUGAUUUUGCAACAGUCACCGAUGGCGCGUUACACUCUAUUUAAGCCAUGGCCAUCGCCCUCUCGCUCCUUCACAUCUCACUUCUGCAAAUACCCAUUUCGUUGUUUUUCGUUCCCUCGAGUUUUCACGAUGGCCCAAGAAGAACCACAAACCAAGAGCCCCGAAGUCAAAGAGCCUAGCCCGAAGAUUCAGAAACUCGACCACAAUGGCGUAUCUGAAGUUGCUCGAUGCCCUCUUCCUCUUCUGCAGGUGAAAAAGCUGUCUGAAACCGCCGUGUUGCCUUCUAGGGCGUCUCCUCUGUCAGCUGGCUACGACCUCUCCAGCGCAAAGGAGAUGAAAGUUCCAGCUAGAGGCAAAGCUCUGGUUCCAACAGACCUAAGCAUCGCAAUACCAGAAGGAACCUAUGCUCGCGUUGCGCCUCGAUCCGGGCUGGCGUUGAAGCAUUCUAUCGACGUGGGUGCGGGUGUGAUCGACGCUGACUACAGGGGCCCUGUCGGUGUGCUCUUGUUCAACCAUUCGGAUGUCGAUUUUGAGGUAAAAGCCGGCGACAGGAUCGCACAGCUGAUUAUCGAGGUCAUCGUGACACCCGAUGUCAAGGAGGUUGAGGAGUUGGACACAACCGAGAGAGGCGUCGGGGGGUUCGGAUCCACCGGCGUAUGAGCUUCCUUGUUCGUGCUCCCCCAUGUUCUCGCGCUUUUGUUUUACCUCCCGUGGUUCUUCUGGUGGGUUUUGGGUUUAUGUUAAUGGGGCAACCUUGUUUGGGGAUUUUGGUUGAACAGAUGGUGGGCAAAUUUACAGUUCAAAUUGCACACGGUACAUUGAAUAAUCAUUUUGAUUUUCGGCUUCUGUAAGCAACCGUAUUAAUGAAUUUUCUUCUCCACA